ACUAACAAAGUAAGCGAUACCCGACCGACCACACGCUCUACUCCCUCCGUGCCGUAUCCCUACCGUAACUCAUUAGUCAGUGAUGAUGAGUAAAUUUAUUGGCGUGGUCUGUACAGCUUCACUGUGUACAUUCGUUAAAGUGGUAUGUUCAACUGCUUUUACUGCGUCCAUUUGUUGGAGAGGUAUGUACAGCUUUUACUGCGUCCAUUUGUUGGAGAGGUAUGCACAGCUUUUACUGCGUCCAUUUGUUGAAGAUGUAUGUACAGCUUUUACUGCGUCCAUUUGUUGGAGAGGUAUGUACAGCUUUUACUGCGUCCAUUUGUUGCAGUGGAAUGUACAGGUUUUACUGCGUACAUUUGUUGAAGAGGUAUGUACAGCUUUUACUGCGUCCAUUUGUUGGAGAGGUAUGUACAGCUUUUACUGCGUCCAUUUGUUGAAGAGGUAUGUACAGCUUUUACUGCGUCCAUUUGUUGCAGUGGAAUGUACAGGUUUUACUGCGUACAUUUGAUGGAGUGGUGCGUACAGCUUCUACUGCGCAUCACCCCAGCAUACGUUAAUCACGCAAGGUCAGCAAUUACCCAUGACGUUUAUCAGCCGGCUGCUGCCAAGGACGGUCUUUGUCCUCACAGUCUGCUGUGGCGAUCGUUUGUUAUAAUAAACAACGAAUUAAAAAAAUGGUGAGGAUUAUUAAUCGUCACUUAAAUUUAGCAAGGGCGAGUGGGAAUCACAUGACCCGGUCGUGGGGUCCCACGUAAAUGACAUUCUUUUACAUGCAAGCAAGAACUCAUUUGGAGGAAUGUAAAAAAGCAUUGCUAUCAAUAGCCUGAACGGAGAACCGCGCACGGUGCUUACUGCGAUUGGAGGAUGCUUCCAUCUCUCCAUCCCUUCCCCUAUCUCUUUCUUUCUCUCUUUUUCUUUCUCUAGCUCUCUCCCUUCCUCUCUCUCUCUUUCUCUCUGUAUUGCUCUCUCCACUCUCUCCCUCUCUCUCGCUCUCUCCACUCUCUCUCUCUCUCUCUCUCUCUCUCUCUCUGUCUUUUUCUGUAUCUACAUCUCUUCAAUAUGUCUCUAUUUUCCCUCACUUUCAUCCGAGUCUCUCGCCGCCCACUCAUCUGUUUCUUUUCUUUCUCUGCCCCACUGUUUUCAUUCUUUCUUUCUCUCUACCCGCUUUCGGUCUCUCUCUUUCUCCCAAACAAACUCACACAUAAGCACUUUAAAAGCUUAGUUAUUUGAAGUGAGGGGGGGGGGGUCUGAAAACCGUCAUGUUUUGUUUUUUUUAAAAAUCUUUUCAUGCACAUUUAUGUUGCACUCUACUUUGUGAGCAGGAGGUGAGGGUGAAUGGCUAAAACAAGGUGGAUAUAUCCUCGGUAUCUAUCUCAGAGAUUAUUUUCAAAACUUCGCAUUCCCCAAAUGUUAGCCCCCCACCUCCCUCCCCCCCUCCCCCCCCGCCCCCAAUGUUUUGUUAAACACGAAGCUAGCUGAUAGAGUCAUCUCAACGAAUAACCACACGCCAGGCAAUGAACGCCACGAGGUGUAGGUAUCAUGUCAAUGAAUUCAGUGAAAUCAUAAAAUACCUGGUCGAUAUAUUUCAUUUCUUUUGUGCUCUUGUCAUUGUUGUUGUUGUUGUCAUUAUUGUUGUUGUCAUUGAUGUUGUUGUUGUCAUUGUUGUUGUUGUCAUUGUUGUUGUUGUCAUUGUUGUUGUCAUUGUUGUUGUCUUUGUUGUUGUCAUUGUUGUUGUUGUCAUUGUUGUUGUUGUCAUUGUUGUUGUUUCAUUGUUGUUGUUUCAUUGUUGUUGUUGUCAUUGUUGUUGGUGUUAUUGAUGUUGUUGUCAUUGUUGUUGUUAUCAUUGUUGUUGGUGUUAUUGUUGUCGUUGUCAUGGUUGUUGUUUUCAUUGUUGUUGUUGUCAUUGUUGUAGUUGUCAUUGUUGUUGUUGUCAUUGUUGUUGGUGUUAUUGUUGUUGUUGUCAUUGUUGUUGUUGUCAUUGAUGUUGUUGUUGUCAUUGAUCUUGUUGUCAUUGUUGUAGUUGUCAUUGUUGUUGUUGUCAUUGUUGUUGGUGUUAUUGUUGUAGUUGUCAUUGUUGUUGUUGUCAUUGUUGUAGUUGUCAUUGUUUUUGUUGUCAUUGUUGUUGUUGUCAUUGAUGUUGUUGUCAUUGUUGUUGUUGUCAUUGAUGUUGUUGUCAUUGUUGUUGUUGUCAUUGUUGUUGUUGUCAUUGAUGUUGUUGUUGUCAUUGAUGUUGUUGUCAUUGUUGUAGUUGUCAUUGUUGUAGUUGUCAUUGUUGUUGUUGUCAUUGUUGUAGUUGUCAUUGUUGUUGUUGUCUUGUUGUAGUUGUCAUUGAUGUUGUUGUUGUCAUUGAUGUUGUUGUCAUUGUUGUAGUUGUCAUUGUUGUAGUUGUCAUUGUUGUUGGUGUUAUUGUUGUAGUUGUCAUUGUUGUUGUUGUCAUUGUUGUUGUUGUCAUUGUUGUAGUUGUCAUUGUUGUUGUUGUCAUUGUUGUUGGUGUUAUUGUUGCUGUUGUCAUUGUUGUUGUUGUCAUUGUUGUUGUUGUCAUUGAUGUUGUUGUUGUCAGUGAUGUUGUUGUCAUUGUUGUAGUUGUCAUUGUUGUUGUUGUCAUUGUUUUUGGUGUUAUUGUUGUAGUUGUCAUUGUUGUUGUUGUCAUUGUUGUAGUUGUCAUUGUUGUUGUUGUCAUUGUUGUUGUUGUCAUUGAUGUUGUUGUCAUUGUUGUUGUUGUCAUUGAUGUUGUUGUCAUUGUUGUUGUUGUCAUUGUUGUUGUUUUCAUUGAUGUUGUUGUUGUCAUUGAUGUUGUUGUCAUUGUUGUAGUUGUCAUUGUUUUAGUUGUCAUUGUUGUUGUUGUCAUUGUUGUAGUUGUCAUUGUUGUUGUUGUCAUUGUUGUAGUUGUCAUUGAUGUUGUUGUUGUCAUUGAUGUUGUUGUCAUUGUUGUAGUUGUCAUUGUUGUAGUUGUCAUUGUUGUUGGUGUUAUUGUUGUAGUUAUUGUUUUUGUUGUCAUUGAUGUUGUUGUCAUUGUUGUUGUUGUCAUUGUUGUUGUUGUCAUUGAUGUUGUUGUUGUAAUUGAUGUUGUUGUCAUUGUUGUAGUUGUCAUUGUUGUAGUUGUCAUUGUUGUUGGUGUUAUUGUUGUAGUUGUCAUUGUUGUUGUUGUCAUUGUUGUAGUUAUCAUUGUUGUUGUUGUCAUUGUUGUUGGUGUUAUUGUUGUUGUUGUCCUUUUUGUUGUUGUCAUUGAUGUUGUUGUUGUCAUUGAUGUUGUUGUCAUUGUUGUAGUUGUCAUUGUUGUAGUUGUCAUUGUUGUUGUUGUCAUUGUUGUAGUUGUCAUUGUUGUUGUCAUUGUUGUUGUUGUCAUUGAUGUUGUUGUCAUUGUUGUUGUUGUCAUUGAUGUUGUUGUUGUCAUUGUUGUUGUUGUAAUUGUUGUUGUCAUUGUUGUUGUUGUCAUUGUUGUUGUUGUCAUUGUUGUUGUUGUCAUUGUUGUUGUUUCAUUGUUGUUUUUUCAUUGUUGUUAAUGUCAUUGUUGUUGGUGUUAUUGAUGUUGUUGUCAUUGUUGUUGUUGACAUUGUUGUUGUUGUCAUUGUUGUUUUCAUUGUUGUCGUUGUCAUUGUUGUUGUUGUCAUGGUUGUUGUUGUCAUGGUUGUUGUUGUCAUUGUUGUUUUCAUUGUUGUCGUUGUCAUUGUUGUUGUUGUCAUGGUUGUUGUUGUCAUGGUUGUUGUUGUCAUGGUUGUUGUUGUCAUCGUUGUUGUUGUCAUGGUUGUUGUUGUCAUCGUUGUUGUUGUCAUGGUUGUUGUUGUCAUCGUUGUUGUCGUCAUUGUUGUUGUUGUCACUGUUGAUGUCAUUGUUAUUGUCGUAUUUGUUGUUUUUGUCGUAUUUUUUGUAAUUGCCAUUGGUGUUGUUGUUGUUGUUUUUGUAUUAAUUGUUAUCGUUGUACGUUUUGUUGUCAUUGUUGUCAUUGCUGUUGUCGUUUUUGUUGUCAUUGUUGUCGUUGUAGGUGUUGUUGUCAUUGCUGUUGUCGCUGUUGUCGCUGUUGUCGUUGUUGUCGUUGCUGUUGUCAUUGUAGGUGUUGUUGUCGUUGCUGUUGCCAUUGCUGUUGUCAUUGAUGUUGUCGCUGUUGUCGUUGUUGUCGUUGUGGUCGUUGCUGUUGUCAUUGUUGGUGUUAUUGUUGUCAUAUUUGUUGUUGUUUGUUCUUCGUAUUAAAUAUUUUUUUACAUUUUCAUUCCUCUUUGUGUAUGUUUUUGUUCCUGUGUGUGUUUAUGUGUGUGUGUUUAUUUGUGUGUGUUGAUGUGUGUGUGUUGAUGUGUGAGUGUUGAUGUGUGUGUGUUGAUGUGUGUGUUGAUGUGUCUGUGUUGAUGUGUAUGUGUUGGUGUGUGUGUGUUGAUGUGUGUAUGUUUAUGUGUGUGUGUUGAUAUGAUGUAACAUAAAUAUUCUUCAGCGAACAGGACAAAUAGAAGUACGACAAAAAAACUGAGCUCAGUAAAAAAAAAAACAACUUUAGAGAUCUCAAUGUGUUGUUGGAAGUAGGUUUAUAAGAAGUUAAAGAAAAUAAAUAUUGGUACAGUUAAAAAUAACGUAUAAUAUUUUAACGGACCAAACUGUUUAGGGAGGGAUACAUUAAAUCUAAGGCAUAAGGAAAAAAAAAAGAAGAACAUAAAAAUUGAGAAACAUAAGAAAGAGAGUAUUUGAUUGAUACCAUAUUGAGAAAUGGGGCAGAAAAGCUGAAUACAUUGUUUCCCAUUUUAACUCUCUCUGGUGUAUUUGUGCAAGAAAUUAGGGCUGUAAUGGUUACAUCUAAUGCCCCUUUAUGUUGCUCUCUGUUGAAGUGUGAAGAGACUGGGGAAAGUUUACCUUGUUCAAUAUCCGGAAGAUGUUCUGUGAACUUAUCUGCCAAGCCUCUCCCUGUUUCGCCUAUUCAACUAGAAUGACAUCUACGGAACACAAUCACAUAUUUCACAUUCCGACUAUCGCAUCUGAAACCCUCUUUGAUGGUAAAGGUAACGUUAGGGAAGCCAACGUUCUUGGUUUGGAGCGUAAAGGGACAAGUCCUACAUCGGCUUCUUGAGCAUGGUUUAGUCCCAACGUAAGACGUGUCAGCUGGAAGGCGCCUUUGAACCUAGAUUUUGGUCCUUCAGUUAUCUCAUAGUUUGAAUGCAAUCCUUCAAUUAUUUCCUAUUUAUUGUUAAUAUGCUCUUAAGAGAUACCACUCAAUUUUAUAUUUGAAAUGCAGGCAUUUUUUAUUAUCGCUUUUAUCGCACCUUUUAAGAGAUAUUUUUUGGUCCAAUUGUUUGUAUAUAUUUCUUUUUUUUUUCUGUUUAGGUCUGCGACUUUAUACUUUAUCGCUAAGGUUUAGGUUAGCCUUAAGAUUUUUUUACACGUAUAUCCAAUUUCAAUCACGUGAAGACCUUCAGAUGAUCAGUUUGUCCAUUCCUCCACGUACUCUCCAAGUUCAAUCACGUGGAGACCUUCAGAUGAUCAGUUUGUCCAUUCAUACACGUCCUCUCCUAGUUCAAUCACGUGAAGACGGUCAGGUGAUCAGUUUGUCCAUUCCCCCACGUACUCUCCAAGUUCAAUCAGAUGAAGACCAUCUUAUCAUCAGUUUGUCCUUUCCCCCAUGCACUCUCCAAGUUCAAUCACAUGAACACCAUCUUAUCAUCAGUUUGUCCUUUCCUUCACGUACUCUCCAAGUUCAAUCACGUGAAGACCUUAAUGUCAAAGUGCUGCUGCUUGUAUCGCAAACUACGAGCUUGGGAUUUUUAAUUUUUUUUAAUUUCUGCUUGGCGUGGGGAUUUUAUAUUUUAAGGACGUCUUGUUUGUCUUCAAUACAGAGUUUUGGACUUUGAAGACCCUGGCUAUGAAACUUCGUGAAGCCAUUACACAUUUCCAAAGACUUGUUUCUUCACCAAAUGCAGAGUAGAGGGAUUUGCAUAAAAAAAUUACCACUGCUAAAGGAAGUCGUAUCAGAAUCGAACAUUUAGCGGAUGUUUUAAAGGAAGCCGCAAUAGGCAAAGAAUGUCGCACUAACCAAAGAAAGUCGCAAUGCGAAAAGAAAGUCGCAAUAGGCACACAAAAAAGCCACAAUAGGCAAAGAAAGCCGCAAUAGGCAAAGAAAGCCGCAAUAGGCAAAGAAAGCCGCAAUAGGCAAAGAAAGCCGCAAUAGGCAAAGAAAGCCGCAGUAGGCAAAGACAGUAGCAAUGUACAAAGAAAUGGUCAGUCAGAAUAUGAACUUAGAGACGAGACCAGGUUUGAAAAUUCAAUAAAAAAAUAAUUUUUGACAAAAAUUCUAAUAUAUCCGAACACAUUUAGUGACAGGCAUACAUUUUAAAGGGCACAUGUUGACCAUUAAUUUGUUGAAACAUUGAAGAUAAAGUUGCUUGUUUCUUUGUUGUUUUUUUUUUUUAAACAUCAUGCGGCCAUCGUUCUUUAACUCUUUUGUUCUAUAUAAAAUCACAAAUAAAAAAGGGCACAUGUUGACCAUUAAUUUGUUGAAACAUUAAAGAUAAAGUUGCUUGUUUCUUUGUUGUUUUUUUUUUUUAAACAUCAUGCGGCCAUCGUUCUAUAACUCUUAUGUUCUAUAUAAAAUCACAAAUAAGAUUAUGAGUCUAUUAAAUUGACUCUAUAAUGCCAUAUAAGAAUGAGAAAUUGAGGCUAUUUUUAGAGAUAAUAUAAUUGUGUGGCAUUCCCACCACUUUCCUCCUCCUACAAUUGUCAAAAGCACACAAGAAUAAAGCACAAACACUGAUAUCCCUUCUCCUAAUCUUUUUUUUUUCCGCUUAAAAAUUGUAUGUGUAAACUGUCUCAGUUUUAUGGGCAUCCUAAAGUUCAUAUGAAGAUUCACGGACAAGUCAUUUUACGUCAAAAUGUUACUGAAUGUCCGUAAAUUAACAAGCGGUCGGCAACCCUGGACGAGACACAGCAGACGCAUGAGGAAUCUUUCAGGAUAAAAUAUUUAUUGUGGUUAAGUAGAACGACGGUUGGGAUUUUUGAAGACUUCCAUAAAUUGUAACUCUACUUCGACAUCAUUGACUUCUUCUGCGGUAUUCGGCAACUCCGCACCAUGAGUUUGGAAUGGUUGAGCAAACGCUGUGCGGAUGGAGACAAGGCCUUGAGAGGGUUGUGUUUCAUGGGAUAUAGAUGGUUGGGAAUCACAUUAAAAACUGAAGAACUCGAUAGGAAAGAUUGGAGGAGACUUACAAACAUCCUAUCGUCGUGUUCAACUGCGUGUGUCGCUGGCAGAUUCUUUUCCUAUAACUGCGAGCAAGUACAAAAUAAUGCUGACAGGGAAAAAGAACAUGUUGUUUUUUUAAAAUUAAAUUUUAUUUGAAAUCGAGAUGAAAACUUACUUGAAAUCAUCAAUGUCUCAGGUUUCAUCAACGGAUGAUGGAUAGUGGACAUUAUCAACUGAACGAGACAUUGUUACCACCCUUUACGAUGAUGAAAUCAUUGAAUAGUAUGCCAACAAAAAGGCGAAGAAUUUGAUUUUUCGCAUUAAACCCGUCUGGAGUAUUUUUACACCUCUUAAUUUUUCGCUUGUGUUUCGAAAAAAAAUGUUUUUCAAUAUUUUUAUUUGGUUGACGAUUGAAAUCCUAUAGUUUUAUAAUCAAUUUUUAUGUCUCUCAAAAAAAAAAAAAAAAAAGAAAAAAAAACAAACUAAUUUCGAAAAAAAAUGUUUUUCAAUAUUUUUAUUUGGUUGACGAUUGAAAUCCUAUAGUUUUAUAAUCAAUUUUUAUGUCUCUCAAAAAAAAAAAAAAAAAGAAAAAAAAACAAACUAUUGUGCCUUCUUUCCAUUAUUGAGGUUGUGGAUCUUAACUGAGAAUUACAGAAUCCCAACACAAGUUUAUUUCUCUCGUGGCGCCAUAAGAACACGUCAUUCGUUCUCUCAUCCGUCGCAAGCUAUCUCGGCUUUACUUAAUUAACUCUGAUACGAUAAGAUCUUUCAAGUCUUCUCUGUUUAACUCACGAUAACAUGUUUAAUUUUUUUUUUUUUUUACAUCAUGCAGUCAGAAGAGCAAAUAGCUUAUUUAGCUUCAAGUUCUUUUUUUUUUGUUGUGGUUGUAAGUUGGUUUUUGUUUUUUUUUGUUUUUUUUUUUUUUUUUUGUUUUUUUAAGUUUUUUUUUUUUUUUUUUUUUUUUUUUUUUUGUUUUUUUUUGUGUUUUUUUUUACAAGUACGAGAUUAACAAAAAAACUAAUCCCCUAUGAGCUAUUGGACUCAGGGAAACUCCAUCGUUACAGUUAAUUUUAAAAAAAAAAAAAUUAAAAUUUCCGAAACUAGACGAGUGAAUAAAUAUCCGGUAUGACGUGUCCCAUUGUGACCAGUGGUCCUAGUAGGACUAAGAUGUGUCUUUAAAUCAAAUCGGCUGAGGUAGCCAGUAUAAAGUAAAGAGGAUCCGGAAAAAUCACUUUCUCCCUAGGACUCGCAUCCCCCAUAGCGUCGGCCCUGUUGCUGGGCAACCAACAUGAAUGUGUCACGAAUGGGGGAGAAUAAAAGUCUUUAGAAGAAAGUUUCAUUGUUGUGGAGAGUUUGUGAAGCUCUGAUCUACACUAAUGCAAUGGCCAUAAGCUACAUCUGAAACACACUUAUUUUUCUUUAUAUUGUGCUUACAUUUUUGUCUUCCCACAAUGCCAUAGGUUUUACCCUAUUCCCCAGCUUUUCCGCAAUGCCCAAUGUUUUUUUCCAGUGCUCUUGGUUUUCCCCAAUGUCCUAGUUUUUUCCCCCCAAUGUCCUUUGCUUUACCAAAUUCCAUAUGUUUACCGCGCAAUACCUAAGCCUGUAGAUAGCAGACGCAGUCUACCAUUACGUUGCCUAAAUCCAGCACGACAAUAACCGAAUGAGACGCUCAUCUUCUAUGCGGGUACGGGACAGUGACGCCGACGUCCGUGCCUAUAAAAAGAUGUGUCCCAUUCACAAAGCCCAUGUUCAAGACACACGUGCGAGACACACGUGCUUCCAUUGACGAAUCAUCUCGGGUAUUUACACUCAUGUUUUGUGUUUUUGUAUCUACUGUUUGUUUUAAAGAGUCCGUCCCAGUAGUGAUAGUUAUUCAACCAGCCUCGUUGUUUUUUUGGGGGGGGGAGAUAUUACCAUCGAAAUGAUCAACAUAAAAAAUCCCUUGUUUUGGAAGUUCAGUAAAUUACUCGGGUCAUAUGUGUGUGUGUGUUUUUGUUUUUUUUUUUUUUUUUUUUUUUUGGGGGGGGGGGUUGUUUGGUGUUAAAAGUAGUUUUUUUUUUUUUUAAAUGAUUUUUAUAUUACAUUAUAUUUUCUAAAACAUAUCCUUAAUUUUUUUAUGUGAUUUGAACGCGAUGAUUCGGUUCUUCUAACAAUGGACUGAAUCAUUUCCUACUGCUCCGUCCAAUCAAGGUAACUUAGAGAAAAAGUCAUGCACCGUGUUUUCUGACAUAGGCUUGAAGUUGUCAGGUUUGGCUUCCAUUUCUCAACAGGCACAGAGGUGUUUCUGGACUGAUACAAAGAUUUUUAGGUUAUAAAUUUAUUAUAAACAAAUUGAUAGAAUUUAAACAAAAAAAUUUUUUUUAACAAAAUUGAUGGCAAGAAAAUAUUUGUCAUACCUAAUCGCGCUAUUAAAGUUUAGGGGUUUAGAGUUAUUGGACAGAACAUAACAAUUCUAUAAAUUCAUCUUAUAGUUAAAUUUAUGUUAUAGUUAUGUGAUUUAUUUAACUUAUAAAGGGGGCUAUUAUAAUAAGAUUGGAUGGUGACCAUAAUUUCAUGUUGUUGUGACCAUAAUUUCAUGUUCUGGAGACACUAAUUAUCGUCAUGUUGUGGUUGCCCUUAUGUCAUGUUGUGGUUGCCCUUAUGUCAUGUUGUGGUUGCCCUAAUGUCAUGUUAGGCUGAUCAUAAUUAAUUUCAUGUUUAAUAUGUGCAUAUUUAUCAUGUGAUAUUUGCGUUGUCCAGCGUUUGGAUUACCAUCAGCUCAUCCAGCUAGCAGGCGCUUUCUACCAUUUACCAUUGUGUGUAAAUCAACCUCCUUAGCAGAAAGAUGUAGCACAAAAUCUGAACCGAAUGAACGUUCUAAAACAAGAACCAAAUCAGAACAAAUUGUUAAAAAGUGCCCGAUUUUAAAGACAACAAAUAAUUCCAUUUGGCUAUUUCAACACAUUUUGGCGAGUAUAAAUAUAAUAAAAAUGUAUAAUACAAUAUAUAAUACAAUUUAUAAUACAAUUUGACUAUGAGAUUAAAGACAAUGCGAUUAGUUAUAAAUUUUAUGAUGCCAAAGUGCUGUAAAUCACUUUCCAGGCAACCCCCCCCCCUUCCCCAUUUUCUUCCCCAUGGUAGAUGCGCUUCUGGUUAAUUUAGUUGUCUUAUUCGAGGCAUUAAAAAAAAAAUGUUGAAGUGAAACAUAAAAUGAAAUUCAACAUGGCGUUUCUUUAAAAACUUUGAAAAGGCUUGCACCAAAUGUGUCAAACAAAACACACAAGAAUGCCAUGCCGUUGACAAUAAAAUAUAAGCCAUUAACAUUACAAAAAGACUUCUUAAACAGUUUUUCUUCCCCUAUUACAGCACCAAUGAAGCGCGGCUAUUGUCAUGCAGGGAAGGGAAGUGGAGUUGAACGCCUCUUAGCACAAUAAAAGUAAUGCCAACCAGUUAAAGAAAACGUUCUGAGAAACAGCGGUUCCCAACUUUAAAAAAAAAAUUUCAUUGAGCUUUUACCUCAAAAGUAGAAAUCUGCGAAAUAAGCAACAAUUUAAAAGAUAUAUAUAUAUAUAUAUAUAUAUAUAUAUUAUUUAGAAUUAAGAUUUUUCAUGAAAAAACAAUGCAUAACAUUAUGUAACCAGUGAUAAUUAAAUUACCGACAAAGUGAUUUGGAUAAACAGUUUGGGAAUCGCUGAAGUAGAAAUUAAGCGAAACGUUGUACUUAAUUCAAACCAACGAGGAGACGGUCGAAAACGUGUUUGAAACAAGGUUAAACCAAAAUACUCAACAGCUUAUAGGAAAUGGCUCUCAAAACAGCUUCAUAAUGAAACAGCCUUGAAGAUAUUAUUAUUUUUUUUUUUUUAAAUGUCGUCUUUUUUUAAAAUUGACUCAUUAUUAAAACGCUUAUUUAAAAUGUCGACUUGUAAAUCCGACUCGUUCUUGAAUUUUAAAACUGACCAUAUAUUUACAUUAAAAGAGAUUAAUAUUUAUCAAUUGAAGGUAAUUUAUAAACUUUGUUUUUUUUUAGAUUUUCUUUUUUUUGUUCCGUUUUAUUCAUGAGGAAUAUGCAUUUUUUUUUUUAGAUUUGUCGUGCUGGGGUUUGAUUUUUUAAUAAUUUUCUUAAGAUAAAAGAAAAAUGUCUACAAUAAUCUCUUGUAGCAUAUUCCUUCUAAUGGUUGAUUAAAUAAGUCAGGUGUUCCAAGGGUUCUCACAGCGGAGAAACGCAUCCGUGCGGGAAAUGCUUCCUCCAUUGCACGAUAUGUGGAAACUGACACUUGGGCCUGCAACGGUUCAUUGUGAACUUUGAUGCGUAUGUUUUCUAUUAGGCCUGCGGAGCGACAUUGAACGCCUGAACAAUUAUGUUUUAACAUGUUUUGAUGAAUGAAAUGAUGCUUUCCUACAAGCAAGUCGUGUCUCUACUUGAAUAAAUAUAAAUUCAACAAUUAAAAAAAAAAUUAACUAGAAGAUGCAUUGCCAGCCACGUAAGCCAUCACAUUCCUUCAGCCACGUAGGCUUUUACAUUCCCUCAGCCACGUAGGCUAUCACAUUCCUCCAGCCACGUAGUUUAUCACAUUCCUCCAGCUACGUGGGCUAUCACAUUCCUCCAGCUACGUGGGCUAUCACAUUCCUCCAGAUCCAGCCCCAUAAGCUAUCACAUUCCUCCAUAGUAGUCUUCAAUUAUGAAAUGUUAUCGCAAAGCUCUUCACCAUGACUUUCAUGGUACCUCAGAGUAGACACAAACGAUUAUUUUUGUAUUUCCUUUUCGUGGGGUUAGGGGCACUUUAAAAAAACAAGAAACAUGUAAUGGUUAUCAAAUAAACUUAAAUAAUUAUUGAGAAUGAACAAGAUUACUUAGUUGAGAAGGAUCAGUCGUGUCUUUUGAUUCAUAGUAACGUGGGAUUGUUAUAUUGUCUUUGUUUGUUAUUGUUUUUUGUGGUUUUUGUUCUUGGUUGUUUGUUGUUGUUUUUUUUUGUCUUUAUUUUUGAUUGUAUUGUUGUUUUGUCUUUGUCUUGUUUUAGUACACAUAAUUGAUCCCCUUGACGAAUAUCUUCCCAUAACUUGAAGAAUUCUAAUUGCCACAUUAACCGAAUUGUAACCGAGCGGAUUGUUUUUUUUUAUAAACCCUCUCCACUGACGUGAAUGUCAAGGGCUUUUGUUGUUAAGAAAUGCAGGAGAAAUAAAAGCUAUAGCAGAAGCUAACAGACCAAGAAUUAUCUUAAAAGGAGCCACAAGCAUGAUUUGUAAACGUACGCAUUGGUUGGCUUGUCGUGGGGGGUCGGCUGGGGUUGGACAAUCUUUGCGUAAGGGUUGCAUGGUUAAAGUGACUCAUACCAGUUCCCCCGCACCUUCCCCCCCCCAGUAUAAAGCACACAUGCACACACGCGCAGACAGAGACACACAGACACACACAAACAAGCGCUUGAUCUUCGUGGAUGAAUGCGCUGGAACUUUACAAAAUCUGCUAUGGUUGUGGGGGGAGGGGGGUGGUGGGGUGCUGAAGGAACAUGAUAACCUACGUGGCUGAAGGACUGCUAGGGUGCAGGGGUUGUCGGAAAUGUUAGGCAAGCGUUGAAGGGAAGGGCUGUUGAGAGACUAAAACAUUUACUCGAGUGUACGUACGUACGCAAUAGUAGGAGGAAUAUGACGGACUUUGUACGUGUCCAAGUUUAAUUACUGCUUUCGAAAUGAGACGCUUUUUAAAAAAAAAAUCAUGAGUGCGCGAUGUCAUGGAAUAAAAAAUCCAAAUUAACCAUAUUCACCAAACAUAUUUUGUUUGACCUAAAUAAAAGAAUGCAAUGGACAUCAAUUUAUUCACAUCCCGGAUACGGACGAGCCCCCACAUGUUCAACCGUUCCGAACCAACAUGCAUAACCGGAUUAAAAAAAACAACAAAGUCGGCCUGAAAAUGUCAGGUUCGUACAACAGUGGGCGUGGAUCAAUGGAUACAAUUUUUGUUAAUUUCUAACAUGCUCUGUUAACGACAAAGCAAUUCGAUUCGUUCAAGCGUGACGGCAUAACAUUGCAAAAAUAUGACUGCGGCAAUUAAGAAUCAUUACGACGAAUAAAUGCCACGAAACAAUCUACUCAUGUUAAAGUAACACUCAUUUUUAUUGACUUGACGCUGUCUUCAAAAAAAAAAAAAAAAAUUUAAGUGGACGUCUUGAACAAUCAGAGCGGAAGUUUGACACGUUCUUACGUCUCCAGUGGCGCUCUAUUGGCCCCCCCCAACCCCCAGCCCCCCCCCCCCGCCGCUCACUUCUUGAGACAAUUGCCCACGUGACGUGCUGUUACACGUAUGGAUUUGUUCAGUCCCUGGUUGUUCCUCAAUGUAAGGUCGCGCUGCCGUUGAACAAAAACAAAACAAAUAUGAGCUGCGUUUGAGGCGACAGAUAUUGAAACGACGAAGAAGUUCAUGGGGUAAAUUCCUCAUGUCAGAUAGGGAUGGUAUUGUCGGGUGUUUUUUUUUGUUUUGUUUUUUUGUUUUUGUUAAGAUUAUUUAUAACAAACUAAAGGAACUUUGAGCUUAACCGCCCCAUUAUGACGCCGGAUAAGUAGAAAUCACAUGAAGCCAAAAUGAACAUCAAAGAAACAUAAAUUCUUUAUUUGACAAUGGCAAAAACGCUACAAGAUGGUGCUGAUUUCCACUAAAUAAAAUUUCUGAUAACUGCGAUAUGUGAGAUUUUUUUUAAAAAUACCGCAAAUGCGUUUGGUGGGUCAUAUUUUUUUUCUUUCUUACGGAAAUAGUCUCAAAUUAAAUAUGGUGUUGUAAAUCUGCGUUAUAAAAAACGGGUGGGAAUUUUAGAAUAUUAAUAUAGUUAAGAGGCGGGGAAAAAGGAGUGUGGUUUAGAGUCUGAGGGGGUGGGUGGGUGGGUGGGUAGGACUAAUUGGGAUCCUUAUCAAUACGACACUGGAAUGCAUGUUUCGUCCAGUGACUUUGGUAGAUGGGAAGUUCAUGCAAUUUCGCCCCCCCCCCUCCCACUUGUUUGGAGGCCUAUAGCUGUUGGUGUAGUAAAUCUGUGGGGUGGAAGGGGCUGGGGCAUGAGAAUAUUAUUACAACUUUCUCUUUAAACUGCACUCAAAACAUAUCUUUUUAAAUUAUACUACCCUGACUGAUUCCCCUCCUCUGACCGAUAAAUGAUCUUGCUGGCUGCCGUCCAUGGUUUGCCUUGUAAAAGUUAUGUGGUGGGGUGGGUGAAUAUACAUUGCUGUUCUUUUUUUUCAUAAAUGUAUUUUAUUUUAAUGUCAUAAUUAUGUCUCUUUUGAUAAACAUGUUUAUGUACAGCGCGGUGAGCCCAGCCCUAGACUGGGGUACCGCGCUAUAUAAGACGUCUUAUUAUUAUUAUUAUUAACUCUGAGGUGAUGGCCUAACAGAGGCUGGGGCGGGGGUAGCAAUAUUUGUAGUCUUAUAAAGGGCUUUACUUGAAUGUAUGUUUUUCCAAUGUUGGUUUAGUAGAUGGGAUGUUCGAGCAUUGCGGUUAACAUUGUUUGGCGGGCUGUAGAUAGUUGGCUCAAAAUCUUCAAAGAUGUCGGACAGACGUUAUCGGAAUAAAAAAAUUUCAGUCCUGGGGAAGUCAAUAGAUCGAGGUGUAUAUAAGAAGGCGAAAAUAAAAAUUCACCACCACUGAUUCAUUCAAUAAAAGCUAUCUCAAGGUUUCACUUCUUCUUCUUCUUUUUCCGUAGCAAAAAUGUCAACUCGAUCAUCAGUUCCUAUUCUAAGAGUGGCUCUGCUCCUCCUUGUGGCAUCAGUGGCCUGCCAGGGGGAACAGGAGGACAGCGGGGUAAGAUUUGUGUUCCCGUUCUACCCCAGGGAGCUGGACAUCCUCAUCGGACACUUGCAAUCAAAGGUGAGAGACAGCGAGGAGAGUGAGGAAAAUGAACGAGAACCGGAAGUGACGUCGUCGAAAUUGGAUGCGUUUAUUGGAUUUAUGAGGACAGAGGUGAACAAUGAGACCAGGGGACGGGGAGAGGCGAGGGGGGGGGGCGGGAUUGGGCAAGAAGCAGUGGCGGAUAAAAGGAAAAUCAUGACUAAAUGGUGGCAACAAGCUCCAAGUAAUUGUAAUGUCUAUAAACAUUAGCGUUUUGAAAUAGCGGGAGAGGGGGAAAUAAUUUCAACAACACUUAGAAGUGGUGUCACGGAAAAGUGUUGUGACAGGAUAGUGGCAUGACAGGAUAGUGAGGUGACAUGAUCGUGGCGUGGCAGGAUAGUGGUGUCAAGGGACAGUUGCGUGACAGGAUAGUAGAGCGACAGUACAGUGAGGUGUCAGGAUAGUUGCGAGACAAGAUAGUGGCUUCAAAGGAUAGUGGCGUGACAGGAUAGUAGAGUGACAGGAUAUUGUUGUGACAGGAUAGUGGCUUGGCAAGAUAGUUGCUUGACAGGAUAGUGCGUGACAGGAUAGUAGAGCGACAUGAUAGUUAUGUGACAGGAUAGUUGCGGGAAAGGAUAGUGUCGUGACAGGAUAGUGUCGUGACAGGAUAGUGUCGUGACAGGAUAGUGUCGUGAUAGGAUAGUGUCGUGACAGGAUAGUGUCGUGACAGGAAAGUGUCAUGACAGGAUAGUGGCGUGACAGGAUAGUAGCGUUAAAGGAUAGUAUCCGAAGACUCAGCAAAACCCGUCUGAAAGUUAUUGCGUUGAUUUUAAAUUUACUAAGCCCUCUGUUCUACAUUUGGUAGGAGAUGAUCCCUCUGUUCUACCAUUGGUAGCAGAUGAUCCCUCUGUUCUACAUUUGGUAGGAGAUGAUCCCUCUGUUCUACAUUUGGUAGGAGAUGAUCCCUCUGUUCUACCAUUGGUAGCAGAUGAUCCCUCUGUUCUACAUUUGGUAGGAGAUGAUCCCUCUCUUCUAACCUUGGUAAGAGAUGAUCCCUCUGUUCUACCUUUGGUAGGAGAUGAUCCCUCUGUUCUACCCUUGGUAGGAGAUGAUCCCUCUGUUCUACCUUUGGUAGGAGAUGAUCUCUCUGUUCUACCUUUGGUAGGAGAUGAUCCCUCUGUUCUACCCUUGGUAGGAUAUGAUCCUUCUGUUCUAACCUUGGUAGGAUAAGAUCCCUCUGUUCUACCUUUGGUAAGAGAUGAUCCCUCUGUUCUACCCUUGGUAGGAGAUGAUCCCUCUGUUCUAACUUUGGUAGGAGAUGAUCCCUCUGUUCUACCUUUGGUAGGAGAUGAUGAGAAGGUUUUAAAAAACUGAUCCUCUGGAUGUAGUACCGUGUUUUUCGCCAAGUUGCCGAUGCGGUUAAAAAUUAUUUCAACUUCGUCCAGGGUACUGAUUUAAUUUACAUCAGUUUUAUGCCGACUAAAAUUGGUCGUAUUUUUAAUAUGAUCAAGUAUGAUAUUUUUUUCGGUUUACCUUUAAAAUACUAUGCAAAUUUAGCUACCUCUACGUCCUCAGUGGACAAAAUCAAGUCUCACGACCUCGAUUAAAAAAUAUAACUUCAAGUAAAUGUCAAUAUUAUUAUUUUUUUUCGUUUGUGGUAAUAGCGGCAUGUCUAAAAAAAAAUCAAUAUUGAUUCUUUUUUUUUUUUCUUUCUAAUUUGCAUGUUAAAUAUUUAACUUUAACCGUUUUAAUUGAUGCUAGGACUUAAUCGGGUAUAGAUUUUUUUUUAACAUCGGGUCCAGGUACUUUAGGAAAACUCCGCGGUCGAUCAAAGUGUUUAACAAAAAAGUUAGCUUCUCCUUUUUAUAACAUGCAAUGAAAUCUACAUCCCUAUGUCGUAGUGAUAGUGCAUUGCCUUCGUCAACCGUAUGUGUCAAGAAAUAACCCACUGAUAGGAACAGGGCAGUAGCCGGAUCCCGGAAUAGAGAUGACGUUGUACAAAAACACGUCGACAGAGAACUUACUGUCCUUCAUAUUAUAACAAAUAGUUUUGAUUCAUUGAUAGAUUGGAUAUUUACAUUGCGCUGGUAUCCAUGCUACUUUAGCAUGCUCACUGUGCUCUGCUUUUAUAAAACCAAUUUAAACAAAAUAGUUAUUAAAUGUUUCUUAAAUGAUUUGUUAUCAUUUUCAAUUCCCCUCAAAGAUUGAGGCAAACUGUUCCGUAAUUUUGGCUCCAUCGCUUUAAAAGAGCGCCUUCCAUAAAAAAAACAACAACUCUGCGUUCAUCCACACUGGGAAUUUUCAGUAAGGACUGUGUUGAAGGCCACAGGUUCUUUAAGGAUAAAUGUUUAUACAUCAGUUCUUUAAGAUAUUCCAGUGCAGAGCCUUCUAUGCAGCUGUACGCCAGGGACAGAAUUUUUUAGUUAAUGCGCUCAAUCACAGGAAACCAAUGGAGAAAUUUAAGAACUGGGGUGAUGUGAUCAGAUUUCUUUAUCAGCGAUACAAUGCGACACUUGAACGCAAGUUACAUAACAACAGUCGGUGUUUAACACAAAUAGCAACUACCUGAGUCCUGACGUAACGCCUGACCCUCGCAGUGUGACAGAAUCCUGACGUAACGCCUGACCCUCGCAGUGUGACAGAAUCCUGACGUAACGCCUGACCCUCGCAGUGUGACAGAAUCCUGACGUAACGCCUGACCCUCGCAGCGUGACAGAAUCCUGACGUAACGCCUGACCCUCGCAGUGUGAUAGAGGAAAACAAACAAUAACAACACCGGAUAAUAGUCGACCCUCCCCCCCCCAACUAAAGAAAUUUCUUUACCAGAGUUCACACGUCACGCAGAACAGCCUUUUUCCCACUCGGUACUUACAAUGUGAAACAUGUGGAGUUGGGGGGGGGGGAGACGGUUUCGAAAAGGAAGCAAGACACAUCGGAAGCAAAUUAUGCGUAAGAGAUUAAUUCUCUCCUUCCAGCUUCUCUAGGACGGUUAAGAAACAUGUUCACCACGAUCUGUGGUCUUUAUCUUUUUGUUGAAGUUGACAUUCCUUACUCCCCAAUGGANUGGGGGUCGAGCUCUGUUGUGGGUCCUCUCCGCACAAAUUUGUGUCUGCUCUAGGUCAUCUCCAUCUCCACGCUGAACUGGGUGAAAAUAAAAAAAAAGGGGAAGAAGUGUGUUUGAGUGUUUGAUGCAAAGUGUUUACAGAAAUGUGUUAACUAUUGUCACCCAACCAUCUUCUCGACUAGGCAGUAGAAAUGCUUGUACCAGGCACGUACAUUAUAUAAUUGUCGGUGGCAACAAAGAUGUAGAAGAGUGGGACCACAUAUCUGUUAGAAUUUUGGGCAACAUAUCAGUAAGAAGAUUGGGGCAACAUAUCUGUAAGAAGACUUAGCCCGCGCAUCUGUAAGAAGAUUGAGCAAAAUAUCUGUAAGAAGAUUGGGGCAAGAUAUCGUUAAGAAGAUUGGGCAACAUAUAUGUAAGAAGAUUGGGGCAACAUAGUUGGAAGACGAGUGUGACAGCCUAUCUGGCAGAAGAGUUGGGCCAAUAAAGACGCAGAAGAGUGCGGCGAUAAAGAGGUUAUAGAAGAGUGAGGCAUUAAAGACAUAAAAGAGUGGGGCAAUAAAGAGGUAGAAGAAUUGGGCAAAUAAGAGCUAGAAUAUUGGGGCAAUAAAGAGGUAGAAGAAUCGGGCAAAUAAGAGCUAGAAUAUUGGGGCAAUACAGAGGUAGAAGAAUUGGGCAAAUAAGAGCUAGAAUAUUGGGGCAAUAAAGAGGUAGAAGAAUUGGGCAAAUAAGAGCUAGAAUAUUGGGGCAAUAAAGAGGUAGAAGAAUUGGGCAAAUAAGAGCUAGAAUAUUGGGGCAAUAAAGAGGUAGAAGAAUUGGGCAAAUAAGAGCUAGAAUAUUGGGGCAAUAAAGAGGUAGAAGAAUUGGGCAAAUAAGAGCUAGAUUAUUGGGGCAAUAAAGAGGUAGAAUGAUGGAGCAAUAAAGAGGUAGAAGAGUUGAGCAACAUAUCUACUAGAAGAGUUAGGACAACAGAGCUGGUAGAAGAAUGAAUAUACUAAUUCUUUAAAAAAUUGAAUGUACCAAUUGUAUUUUUACACGCGUUUACUUAGCAUGCAAUUUCGUAUGUAUGUUUGUUUGUCUGUCUGGGUCAAAUCUUGAAACUCAUUUUGCAAACUGUUCCCUUCGUCCGAUGGACUUGAAAUUUUACUUGUUUAUUCAAUCCCGGUGACAUUAGAGCCCGUCACCGACCCUUGAGUGACCUCUGCUGUUUAAAGCUUGCAUUUCAUUUUAACACACUUUCUGAUCUUCAGUUGAGCUGAAUCUUUGUGCACCUACCCAACACCCGAUGACAACAACAAAAAAACAAAAAACAAAAAAAAACAACCUGCUUGAUCAGUAGGUCACCUUCAUUUACUUUAAAGUGGUCUCUUUAUUGCAUCUCAAUUUUGACCCACUUCCUGAUCUUCAAUUGACCUGGAACGUCGUACAUAUACCCACCAUUGAUGACCAUAAGGCAAGAAGUAAUGAUUGAUAAAUCCCAAUAAACACUGAAAUUAAAUAACUUUUAAAAUACGGUUUUUAUUAAAAUGCACUACAAAUUAAAACAAAUUUUUUGUGACACACCAAUAUUUUAUUGACAAUCAAUAGACUCUCCCAAAACUAAAUUAUCAUGGGCGUCAAACAUGGAAAAAAAUGGAGAAAAAUAAGCAACACCUAAAAACAUAAGAUACAAGGGAGGUGGAACAAACAGAGAGACCGCUUGAACGCAGUUUUGUAUUUUUCUUCAAUGUUGUGGAGCGCAACUUCUGAGAGCGCGGCGAGUCCAAAUUUUAGCGUCUCAAACAUAGAGAUCAUUUUGGGAACGCUGUUCUGAGUUAAAUUUAAAAGGAUAUCCGUGAUUAAUCUGUCUGCAAACUGAGUUGUUUUUUUGGGGUAGUAUUUCCUUACAUGUUUGACGCCCCUGAUUUUAUUUUUGAAAACAUGAUUCAUUGUUUGAGAAUUCUGGUGAGUCUAAAAAAAAACGUACGUUUUACUUUUCAGUGCAUUUUAAUAAAAUCUUCUUUCUUUUGUUUUUUUAAUGUGUCAUGAAAUAAUUUUAUUUAAAAUUAAUUUAUUACACAUUUAAUUUUGAGCGCUGAGCAGUGAGAAAUUAUUUACCAUCUCCAGAGGUCCAGCUCCGCGCCAAAUCCCUUCAUUUAAGGAUAUUUUAAAAGCAGAUUAGGUAAAGACUGGCCUAACAAUGAAAUAAUAAACAGUAAAUAAAGAGAUGUCAGCCCUGGGCAAAAACGAGAGACUAACGUAAGUGACAAUCUGAUGAAGGCUCAACACACCACCUGGAUGUUUAGGGCUAAAAUAUCGAGAUCAUUUGAUUAAUUUGAUUAUUUCUUUCCAGAAUUCCAUGACCAAUAGCAAUAUUUUAACGAUAUAAUGUUUUUAGAAAUGGAUACCUGCUUAGACGAUCUCACAAAAAUUAACCAAGUUGGCACAUAACACAAGACAGAUGAUAGAAAUAGUAGAUACCGGGAGGCAGUGCCAAGAGUGUGGGAAGAACCAAAACAUUUUAUUUGAAGCUUUGGCUAGUUUAAAAAAAAAAAUUAAAAAAAAAGAAAUCAGUGUUCUUUGAAUUUUAAUUAGCAGCAGGAGAUGUUUUCACGUUAACAUUUCUUCCACAUCAUUUCUGUUCCGGUGAAGUUUUUUUGUUCUCUUAAUUCUGUUCAGUUCAUUGAAAGGGAAAACUGUAUCGUAAUAAAGCGCUCUGUAUUUACCAAAAUGUUUAGCUAAAUAUUACACUUAAUACUCUCCCGACCUUGUAUAUGGCCCAAUAGUUGUUUUGUUGUUUUCUAAUGCCUCAGCUGUAGACACAGACAUUGAAAGAAAUAUUGACUUCCAAAAAAAAAAAAACCACCAUUGACCUAGGGAACUAUGGUCCAGGUGAUAACUCGUGAGAUUACACUGGCCGCGAAUUCGUCAUCGGCACUGAAACAAACACACGGGCGCACAUGCUGACAGAGAUAGCGGUUAUUUGCGAUGGGGUGACUUACUGAACCAGCGUGAUCAUUCUCGAAUCCACUCAGAGGUUUUGGCAGAGCACACAAACAUAAUAGUUGAGUAUGUGCAGUCACGUGACGAUCCGGAACAGCUCAAUUUUCAAGCCUAGUUCAGUCAUAACCUUUUAUAAGUUCAAAUAGGCAAAGAGUGAAAAAAAAAAAAUACUAACGGUAAAUAUCAAGACAUUACGCUUAGCCGUCUUAUUAUUUAGCCACCCCUGGGUUUUGGAUUAUUGAGUACUAAAUCUUUUUUUUUAAUUUUUAUUUAGGUAACUGGCGUUAUAGUUUUCCAAGGAGGCCACAGAGCACGCCUUAAGAACCAGUGGAGGGGAGACGUUUCUUUCUGUGUUUUCUGUGUUUUUUCUGUGUGUGUGUUUUUUUGUUUUUUUUUUGUAUUUUUUCUGUGUUUUCUUUCUGUGCUUUUGUUCUCUGUGGAAACCUAAAGAAUGACAGAGCUCAUUUUUUUUUUUUUUUUUUUUUUUUUUUUUUGUUUUUUUUUUUUUUUUUUUUUUUUUUUUUUUUUUUUUUUUUUUUUUUUUUUUUUUUUUUUUUUUUUUGUAAACAUAAAAAAUUUAAUAGUUCCCCCCCCCCCCCCCCAAAAAAAAAUCGAUUCAACUCAAACGUUAACAUUGAUUUUGUUUACUGUGUUGCCAGAUUUAAGUGGGGUGUGGGGGGGCGGGGGGCUGGGGGGUUGAGCUGAGACAUGGGGUCGUGGAGCUGAGACAUGGGGUCGUGGAGCUGAGACAUGGGGUCGUGGAGCUGAGACAUAGGGUCGUGGAGUUGAGACAUGGGGUCGUGGAGCUGAGACAUGGGGUCUUUGUUUAACAACCUACGCAAAGUCGUAUUUUAAUUGUUCGUUUACUCCAGUUCAGUUUUAUCGGAUUUAUUCGGAUUUCGUGUCGAACGUUAGAUGUCUGAGUCGUAAGACCAGAGGUGGGGCAGGGUGGGGGGACAGAUGUCCCCGGGCGCCAGCUAGUUAGGGGCGCCAAAAUGUGCUUUGAUAUUAUUUUAUUGAUGAAAAUAAUGGGUUUGGGAGUUGAAAAAAAAUAAAAAGGGGCGCUAAAAAUGGAUCUUGUCCCGGGGCGCGAAUCUUGUCCCCGGGCGCCAAACACCCUCGUUACGCCACUGCGUAAGACUAACAGUUCGAAGACAUGACAGGCCCGGUUAAUUGACACGAUAGAUUGAUGUCAUAGAGCCUGGGUUAACCAUGUUCAUCAAAGGAUUUUUUUUAUCAAUGUCCGAUUUUUCGCGUGCAGUUUGCCAAUACUACCGUUACAUAUCAAGGUUUGACCCAUGUCCGAUUCUUGUAAUGAAGUUUUCGGAGACGACAAAUAUCUAUCAACUUAAAAAAGAGUCGACUAUUAUUUUUUUUUCAGCUUUACAAGGUGAAGACAACGCUAGACACAUGCAAGGAAAUCAAUGAUGGGAACCAUAAAGCAGGUAGGCCACGCCCCGAAUAAAUGAGGGUCGUUGUUCUGUGAGAGAUCCCAAUAUACAGACACACCCAUAUAUGGUCUUAUUGUUCACGUGCUUGAGAGCAGAAUUCCUUGACAUUGUAAGAUCACAUCUUGAGAACAAACGUUUCCAUACAUUUUCGGUUGCAGCCAGAUUUAUGAAAAAAAAAAUAUUUAUUCAACUAGGAGCCAAGACCCCUUGCCGGACGUGAGAACCCCUUGCCAGAUGUGAGAAACCCUUGCCAGGUGCGAGAUGUAAAAAAAAAAUCCAAUAGAAAAAAAAUGAUAUAUGAACCUAAACACUUGUAAAGAUUAAAGGAACUGAACAUUUGACCCCAAGGAAAAGUUGGGGAGAGCUCGACAGUGUUUGGGAAAAUUAUAAUAGAUUUUUUCAAACAAUUACAUUUUUACACCAAGAGCUAUUGCAGUAAAAAUGUGUGUACUUUCCUUCGCAAAAGUCUGGUACUCACUGAGCGUGAACGUUCUAAAAUGUUCUAGACAUUUCAUUUAUUGGUAUUGAAUUAUAUUUUUUUUAAUAACACAUUUAAGCCUGUAUUACUUAGCUUUCGAUAUGGGACAUUCCGUGCACUAUCCAUGCACAUUUCGAAAAACCUAUCCAUUUAAGAAUAUUGAUAUCAUCACUCGCGUGAAGAAUUGAUAUCAUCACUCGCGUGAAGAAUUGAUAUCAUCACUCGCGUGAAGAAUUGAUAUCAUCACUCGCGUGAAGAAUUGAUAUCAUCACUCGCGUGAAGAAUUGAUAUCAUCACUCGCGUGAAGACAUGAAGUUGGCUUGAAAUUUGCUGGGAGGUGAAUUUUAUUUGAUAACUAAUUGAUGAAUGGGUGAAUCAAUAGUUCAAUGUCGUUGUAUUGAUUUUAAUGUAAGCUUCAAGAUUUUCCCGAUAAGUGCAGCAGAGAGCGGUCUGCUUUAUUUGAAUAGGGAAACCCUAUUGAAUUACAAGAUGAAAGGUUGUGUAUAAUAAGUUAUAUGCUGAAUGAGUCAAAUAAACUGUGUGUGUGAUAUUUGAAAUUUGACUUAGUGACAGACACGGUCGUUUUGAAAAGGAAGAAUAUAAAUAUACAAUGAAUAAUUCCGAUCUGUAGCAAGUGAAAUACUGCAAGUGCAGGGCAAAGUAUAGAUCUAUAAAUGUAUCCGUUUUAUUUAUUUUUUUUUUUUAUCCUUGUUGAAUGUAAACGAGGAGGUGAAAGCCAGAAGCCUUUCUGAAGUGAAUUGUUUUCAAAGAAUUAAGUUCUUCAGUAAACAAGAAAUCUUUAUCCUGAUGCAAUAGCCUUUUUUUUGGGGACAUGACCCUCUUUCGGCCUGAGGUCACGGUGGAUAUUUUUGCAACUCUCCCUUGUUUCCGUUUGAGGGUCUUUUUGUAGUCCGUCUUUUGUGGUAGCGAUUUCAGGCGUAGUUACCUGAGUUCUGGGUUGUGAAAUAAGUGAUGUGGUAUUAUAAAAAAAAUAUAUUGAUGGAUAUAUGCGAUAAAUAAAUGUGUUUCUUUCCCCCACUCUAGAAAACAAAUGUGAAAUUUUCUUAAGACGCCAUUAUUUUUUUUUUUAAAUAUAAAAUUAUUUUUUUUUUUAUAUAUUCAAUUUUUGUUUCAGUUUGGGUUCAAUUUUAAUUUAACCUUUUACUUGUAAUGUUUUCCCAUUUACGUGGUUUUCAAUUAAUUAUUGUUUACAAUCAUUCAUUUAAACUAUCCACGUUUUUUAAAAUGAAAUAUUCUUAAACAAUGAUUUAAAUACCUAAUCCAGGCAGCUACGUAGUCAACAUAUAUGAUAACGGGAAUGCUUCUGUUGCACCACGUGGUCGAGUCAGUAAGCUGGAAACCAUUGCAAAGCUGAGGGAAGAUAUCGAAUCCGCGGAGUCGGAGCUUGAAAAAUGCCGCUUUCAGUUCUGGACCGGCGACAACUCUUAAGGUGGGUCUCAAAAUGUAAGUGAUCAUAGCCCGGAUGUACGACUAGCUUCAAAUAUUACAGGUAAAACUGUCAAUGUACAAAUAGCUUCAAGUGCUACAGGUAAAACUGUCAAUGUACGAAUAGCUUCAAGUGUUACGGGUAAAACUGUCAACGUACGAAUAGCUUCAAGUAUUGCAGUUAAAACUGUCAAUGUACGAAUAGCUUCAAAUAGUGUUACAGGUAAAACUGUCAAUGUACUAAUAGCUUCAAGUGUUACAGGUAAAAGUGUCAAUGUACGAAUAGGUUCAAGAGUUACAGGUAAAACUGUCAAUGUACGAAUAGCUUCAAAUAGUGUUGCACUUAAAACUGUCAAUGUACGAAUAGCUUUAAGUGUUACGGGUAAAACUGUCAAUGUAUGAAUAACUUCAAGUGCUACAGGUAAAAAUGUCAAUGUACGAAUAGCUUCAAAUAGUCUUACAGGCAAAACUGUCAAUGUACGAAUAGCUUCAUAUUGUGUUACAGGUAAAACUGUCAAUGUACGAAUAGCUUCAAAUAGUCUUACAGGCAAAACUGUCAAUGUACGAAUAGCUUCAAAUAGUGUUACAGGUAAAACUGUCAAUGUACGAAUAGCUUCAAAUGGUGUUACAGGUAAAACUGUCAAUGUGCGAAUAGCUUCAAAUAGUCUUACAGGCAAAACUGUCAAUGUACGAAUAGCUUCAAAUAGUGUUACAGGUAAAACUGUUAAUGUAGGAAUAGCUUCAAAUGGUGUUACAGGUAAAACUGUCAAUGUGCGAAUAGCUUCAAAUGGUGUUACAGGUAAAACUGUCAAUGUACGAAUAGCUUCAUAUUGUGUUACAGGUAAAACUGUCAAUGUGCGAAUAGCUUCAAAUAGUGUUACAGGUAAAACUGUUAAUGUAGGAAAAGCUUCAAGUGCUACAUUUAAAACUGUCAAUGUACGAAUAGCUUCAAGUGUUACAGGUAAAACUGUCAAUGUACGAAUAGCUUCAAGUGUUACAGGUAAAACUGUCAAUGUACGAAUAGCUUCAAGUGUUACAGGUAAAACUGUUAAUGUAGGAAUAGCUUCAAAUAGUGUUACAGGUAAAACUGUUAAUGUACGAAUAGCUUCAAGUGUUACAGGUAAAACUGUUAAUGUACGAAUAGCUUCAAGUGUUACAGGUAAAACUGUCAAUGUGCGAAUAGCUUCAAAUAGUGUUACAGGUAAAACUGUUAAUGUAGGAAUAGCUUCAAGUGCUACAUUUAAAACUGUCAAUGUACGAAUAGCUUCAAGUGUUACAGGUAAAACUGUUAAUGUACGAAUAGCUUCAAGUGUUACAGGUAAAACUGUUAAUGUACGAAUAGCUUCAAGUGUUACAGGUAAAACUGUCAAUGUACGAAUAGCUUCAAGUGUUACAGGUAAAACUGUCGAGGUUAGUUUUCAUGUAUCAAGGUUAUAAGUGGUUAGGUUUCAAACAGCGACGUCUGAACAGGUGUGACGAUCAGUUUCCCUCGGCCAGACGGUGAACCAGGUAGAGCUGGUCAAGUUUCGACACGCCACAAGGUGAACAGGUACGAUGAUAACGGCUCCAAUAGCAGCAGGGAGCUCCAGAUCUUGUCGAGCGAUUUUAGCUCAAAAUCUCACUGUUCAUGGCGUGGAGGGUAAAAAGGGGGGGGGGGGUUAGUGUUAAGCAUCUUUCUCGCGGUGAUUUUAUCAUUUAAACCACAGUAGAAAUGACGCCACAAGGUGAACAGGUACGAUGAUAACGGCUCCAAUAGCAGCAGGGAGCUCCAGAUCUUGUCGAGCGAUUUUAGCUCAAAAUCUCACUGUUCAUGGCGUGGAGGGUAAAAAGGGGGGGGGGGUUAGUGUUAAGCAUCUUUCUCGCGGUGAUUUUAUCAUUUAAACCACAGUAGAAAUGCGUAAGUUAAUGUUGACGUAGAAUGACAACUGAGUCAUUAUAAUCUCAGAGAUUCUGAAACGGGGAAUCCGCCGUCUCCUGGGACGGGGGACGACUAAUAAAAAAUUGUUUUUUGAAGCUAUUGCUAGUUUGUUCUGCAUCUUUGAAGAUAAAAAAAAAAAAAAAUUAGGGUUGUUUGCAUUUUGAUAAGCAGCAGUAGAUGUUGUCGAGGGAUAUUUUGUGCGUGUAUAAUUUUUGGACUGCUGAAUUUAUUUUCUUAAUUCUACCCAGUGAUUAAAUGAAGAAAAGUAACCAAGCAAAACAAUUAUCUUCAUAUUUAUUUAUUUAAUUACAUACAAUUUAUCCGGUUGUGGGCUGAGGGCUUGGAGAUGGGCUAGUGCUAGAAAAAUAUUGAAAUCCAGAAGGAUGCAGCAAAAAAAAAAAAGUAAAGUUACAGGAAACAUGUUCGAAAGCAAAGACUAUUUGUUUAUCCCCAUAGACAAAGAGUGUCCAAAAAAAUGGCAGUUUACAAUCCUUACAAUUUUUUAACAUCAGUUUUGUUUUAAUUUUUUUCAAAAUACAAUGAAGACUCCUGUAAAAGCGAGAUAACGCUGAAUCAAUAAGUUGUGUCUCUCAAAAUGUCACUAUAGCGUCACUGCUAAUGGCGAGGGGCAGGUAGAGCACGACUCAAACUUAGUUAUACCGAAGCCGGUUUUUUUUUCCCCAUUAAGAUAGGAUUAUUUUAUUGAUCCAAAUAAAUUGAAAUGUUUUUGUUUUUUUUUAUUCUUACAUAUUCAUUUCGGCACAUAAAUAAAUAAAUAUUUUAUCCAUGACAAAAUUUUACAUUCACAAGACAUCUAAAGUAUUUCUCUAGCGUAGACUUCAUCCACAAAAGAACUCCCUCAGUAACAAUAAUGACUUAAAUAGUGAUCAUUUCGGUUUGCUGACCGCCGGAGGACAUGAACGAGAAAAAAAGGGAGUUUUAAAGAAAUAAAUGUACAUUAAAUUCUUUUUAUGGAACCUCAUAAUAUAAGAAAUGGGGUCUUACAUAAAAUUCAUCCAAAACAUGUACCACCAUCUUCCCCUCUCCUCUUCCCUAUACGCUUCUAGUUGUGAGGCACACAAUAGUAAGAACUGAAAUUGAAUAUCAACAUAAGAACCUAUACGACCUAUACAAAAUCCAUUUUUUUUCCACUUAUUUUUUUUCGUAUUAUGAAAUGCUUUGUAGUUUAGUUAAACGAUUGCUAAGUUGUGCUUUUUUAAACAUUAGUAUGUAUCUUGCGUACCACUAAUUGUGUGUCUGUUUGGGGGGGGGGGGUGUGGGGGGUAAAAUCACAACACUAUUCUGCAUGCGUAAAUCUUCUAAACUUUCCUUUUGUUUAUUUGUUGUUGCGUUUUUUUUUCUUGCGCUUUACGAUUGAUUUUGCCAAAUUUGUCUCUCAUUCCAUGUUUAUUUCAUUUUUUCUUAUUAUAGAUUCCAAAGGUACAACUGUGCUCUCAAACAAGGAGAUCUAUCAUGUUGUCUUAAAUGGUGAAACAGAUCUAUCAGAUCUCAUCAAAAGUAAAGACUUUCCUAUCUCGAGACGAUUGGUUUUCUUCUAAAUUUUAUACCAGAUGUUAUUAUAUUUCAUUCAAAUAAAGUUGUUUGAAGUCUGUCUUUGGGGACACAAGACUAUGUAUAUAAAAUAAUAAAGACGCAUAAAAAGGAGUU